GGAAUAAGUCGUUGUAAAGAUGCUUUUGAUUUUAUUGUCAAUUUCGUAUUUCCAGUUUGUCAUGCCUUUAGUUAUAAAGCAACAAGAAGCAAACUCAGCACUACACAGACAUGAACUUAGAGAGGAGCUAAACAUUCAGCCCAAUGACAUACCAGAUGUGUUUGAUGAGAUAAAACAUAUACUGUGUAAUGAUUGUUCAAACCCAAAUAAUAAAAAGGAAAUAUGUCAAAAGAAAAUUUGUAUAAGAUCAAUCACAAAAUUAAGUAAAGAUAAUGAAGAAGAAAUCGAUCACGAAGAAGAGGAGGAAGAUACUGGUGGCGAGGGGAAAAUAGAGACAUACUUGUCCAAUCAAUCAACAGCUGCAGACCGUUGGCCUGUAAUUUUUGCUCAUUUAACAGACAUGAUGUGCCAACUAUGCAGGGAUAUAAAAGAUCAAAAGAACACAAACUGUGUCGUGCAAAACUGUCUAAAUCUUACUCGCAAAUAGAGAUGAAUAACAUUGACAAAAAUCUAAAUAUAAUAAUAUUUUAAAAAUAGAAUGUUUGUGAAAAACAGUUAAAUCUCGAAUACUAGUUUCGCUUGUAUAUAAACUUAACAUUUAAAACUGCAUAUCUAGUAUUAGGUUGUCUGAUUAAGAUAAUGCAUGAUUAUGUGUGGAGCAUUCUGUGAUAACUGCUAGUUCAUGGAAAGUGUUUAGUUUAUGUAAAUAUGGAACGAAAAUUAUAAAUGUACAUGUAAAUAUUCAUAAAUGUUCCAGAGUACUACUUUUCAUUUCUACUAGUGUUCGCUAUUUUACCCUUAAAGAAAACAUAUAGCUUUCCCAUCGUAGUCAUUUAUACUACUAGUAUACUUUUUUU